UCGGCUUCCGCAGUUCGGAGCCGCCCGGGGGGGAGAGAGUCCUAGCCCCGGCUUCGCUCCACGGCCGGGCGCUACCGUUUGCUUUCUCCGGUUCCUUCUUGGCGUAGGAAAGUCUCCCGAGUUGUUUUUUUGCCCCUAAACCGCCAUCCAAAUUAAGAAUCCUAGUAACCUGACCACCCCCCCUCCCCACCGGCCUGCCUCCCGCCCUCGCUCCUUUCUCCCUGCCUCUUCUUCCACCUCUAGGUCGCAGCCGGAGGGAAACCCGGGCGCUGUCCCGGUGAGGGUGUUGGAGCCCAGGGAGGGGUCGAGGCGAUGAUCCCCGGGGCUUUUGUCUGCCCUUUGCUCAGAGAACUCUGGCCGCCUCCACCGAGCGCAAGGCUGGUCGCGUCCCCAGGCAUCUCGUUCCCAAAUUAAACGUCAACAGGGGAACUGGGCAGACACCCCUCCUCUCCCGGGCCCCACCCGGCUUCCCCGCCCCAUGUCCGCUGGGGAGGCUGCUUGGUGUGGAGGCGGCGGCGGCAGCAGCGGCUGCGGCCGAGGAGAUUCGUGGGUGACCGUGUCUGCAGAGCACUUUGCUAUCCAUUCUCCUGGACCUGGGGAGUUAGAACCCGCAGCUCCCCAUUCCUCUUCGCUCCGCCACCAUUUCCAACGUCCCGCAGGGACUUGUUUUGGGGUUCCCACUGACUUCCAGGAAGGACGCAAGCUCCUCUCUGACCCCAGCGCCGGCGGCCACCUGCCUUCACCGCGGUGACCCUACUCCCAUGACCCUGCGGUGCCUGGAGCGCUCCGGGAAUGGCUCGGAAGGGACGCAGAGCCAGUGGGGGGCCGAGGGGUCAGCGGAGGAGCCGUCCCCCGAGGCGGCGCGGCUGGGGAAGGCCCUGCGGGAGCUCAGUCAAACAGGGAGAAAUGGAGGUCAGAGACAAGCAAGUGCUCCGCUCACUUCGCCUGGAGCUGGGUGCAGAGGUAUUGGUGGAAGGGCUAGUUCUUCAAUACCUUUACCAGGAAGGAAUCUUGACAGAAAACCAUGUUCAAGAAAUUAAAGCCCAAACCACAGGCCUCCGAAAAACAAUGCUACUUCUUGAUAUCCUACCUUCCAGAGGUCCUAAGGCAUUUGAUACAUUCCUAGAUUCCCUGCAAGAGUUUCCCUGGGUGAGGGAAAAGCUGGAGAAAGCAAGGGAAGAAGCCGUCACUGAGCUGCCUGCAGGUGACGAGAUGACUGGGAUCCCCUCGCACAUCCUCAACAGCUCCCCAUCAGACCGGCAGAUCAACCAGCUGGCCCAGAGGCUGGGCCCUGAAUGGGAGCCUGUGGUGCUGUCCCUGGGGCUGUCCCAGACGGAUAUCUACCGUUGUAAGGCCAACCAUCCCCACAAUGUGCAGUCGCAGGUGGUAGAGGCCUUUGUGCGCUGGCGGCAGCGCUUUGGGCAGCAGGCCACCUUCCGGAGCCUGCAGAGAGGCCUGCAGGCCAUGGAGGUGGACCCCUCCGUGCUGCAGCACAUGCUGGAGUAAUGGGCCCAGCAGCCCUCUGCUGCAUGUGUGAGUCCUGACUGUCGCUCAGAGCAGGUGGUGUUUUGUUUUGUCUUGUGAAUGAUCCGUAGACAGAGAAAACACGGUUUCCACUUGCUGGAAAGGAUGCAUUACUCAAUAGAUUGCACAUCAGCUCAGCAAGUGGUUGUUUUUAAUUACUUGACAAUUGCGUUGUUGUAAUGGUACUGUUUUUAAUUGUGUGGUUGCCUUUUAAUUGACUGGUGAAUCAUAGUUGUUCCAAAAAAGAAAAAGUUGUCACAUUAUAUUCUGGUAAUUCUAGUAUCCUAUAUAUAAAACAUCUACUUCGUGUUGCCUGGAAACUGUGGACUUUCCUAUUCAUAAAGAUGAUGAUAAUAAAAAGUGAAUUCCUAUAUAAUGUGCCCCUUUC